UUUGUAAAUGAGUUUUUCUAAAUAAGAAUCAAUCAUUUAGUCUUCAUUGACAAAAUCACAUAUGAGAUACUUAUCUCCUCAACUUGGAGAACGUAAUGGAGGAUCAGUAAUUCAGAGAGAAACAAUAAUAAAUCCUUAACUGAGAGAAUCAUAAUUUAUAUUGUCAUAAACUCCAAGAGAGACUGUAAUUCCUUUAGAUGUGUAAUAUACUGUAACAAAAAAGGUGGAUUAAUAAAACUAUUCUGAUUAUGAAGUUAGAAUCCAAUCUUUGUUACAUGAAGUGGAAUUAUGGAGAAAACGAUAUUUAGAUUUAAUGGCUAUAUAUGAUAAGAAUAUAGCAAAUGAAGAAGUGGUAUAUCUAUAUAUAUUAAUAUGAAUAGAUAAGAUUAUAAGAUGCAAAGAUCUAAUUAUUAUAUGGAGAGAAUGAUGAUUUAUAUGGGUAAAUUAGAUAAUUAAUAAAAGAGAACGACGAAUUGAAAUAAAGAUUAAAUACAUAUGAAUUAAAUAAUUCCAUCGAAGAAACAAAGAAUAACUAUGGUAUUAAUGGUUUAUAUUAUUUAGAAAACUUAUAAGUAUAAUUGAAGAGUAGAUUAGGAGAAUUAGAUGAAUGGAGAGAUAAAUAUAAUAAAUUAGAAAUUGAGUUAAAUAAAUAUCAAGCUAUUGAAAUUAAGAAUAUGUAAGUAGAAGGAUAAUUAAAAGGAUUAGAAGGUCAGGCUAAUUAAUGGUAAGAUAGAUAUUGGUAAAUGGUUGAUGAAAGAAAUAAAUUAUAAGAUUAAUUAUUUGAAAUAAAUGAAAAAUUGAAUGCUGUUUAAAUUGAAGCAUCUUAAAGAAAUCAUGCUACUGAAAUUAAAUUAAGAGAUGCUGAAAUAUUAAAAUUAAAAAAUCUUAUUUAACAUUUAAAUAGUUAAGUUGAUGAAUGGAGAAAAAAAACAUUAUAAAUGGAAACUGAAAUUGAAUUAAAAUAAUAAGAUGUUGAAGCAUAAAAAAUGAAAGUUAUUAAAUUAUAAGAAUAACUAAAUAAUUCAAGUAUGACUCUUUAAUAAAAAUGUAAAUUAAUUAAUGAACAAAGUCUUGAUAUUACUAAUCUUGAAAAUAAAUUACUUGAAAUCAAUGUUUUAAAUCAAGAAAUUGAAAAUCUUAAUGAAAUGUUAUAAGUUUAAUAAACUGCUAUGAAUGAUUUAAGAAAAGAAAUCUCUAGAUUAGAAAAUAAUUGUGGAGAAUUAAGACAUGAAAAAUUAUUAAAAAUUGAAUUUGAAACCGAAAAUAAGAGAUUAGUUGAAAUUGUAGAAUAACUUAAAUAAAUUGCCAAUGAUAGAAAAAAUCAAUUAGAUGCACUUAAAAUUAAAUAUGGUAAUUUAGAAAUUGAAAAAAAUUAAAUUUAAUAAAGAUUAGAAGAAACAAAAUAUUUAACAACUUAAAUUAAAUAAUUAAAUAAUGAAAAUUAAACAUUAAUUAGAAGAGUUAAAUAUUUAGAAGAUUAAAUUGAAGCUAAUAAACUUGAAAUUUAAGAUUUAUAAGCUAGAAUAUAAUAAUUAAAAUUAUUUGAAAUUGAAAAUAAGAAAGCUAAUGAAUUAAUUAUACUGAAAGAUAAUGAAAUACAAAAUCUUAGAAGAAAAUUAACUUAAUUUGAAUUAUAACCAAAAAGCAAAGAUACAAGUGAAUUAGAAGCGAGAAUUAAAUCUCUAUUGAAUGUUAUUGAAUAACUAAAAGCAGAAUUUGCAUAACUAUAAGAAUAAUAUGAUAAAUAAUGUAAAUAAAAUAUGAUAUUAUCAUAAUAAAUGGUUUCAAUUGAAAUUUCAUAAGAAACUCGUAUCGAAGAUAAAACAGAAAUAAAUUAAUGGGCUUUAAAAUCUAAUUAAUUAUCAUCUGAAUUAGAUUUAUUAUCUAAAUUAAAUUAAGAGUUAUAAACAAAUUGUGAUUUCUUAAAUGAUUAAUUAAGAUUAUUAUAAAAAUAAUUGAUAGCAAGAAGAUAAGAAGUUGAAGAUUGGAGAAGAUAAGCUGGUAAUUAUUAUGUUGAUGCUACUGAAGCCAAGAAAUAACUAAAAGAAUUAGAAACUUAAUAAAAUAUAUUGAAUGCUGAAAAUAGUAAGUUACUUAAUGAGAUUAAAUAACUUAAAAAUUAAUUGAUUGAUGAAUAAAAUAAUUGUUAAAAGUUAUCUUUAUAAUCUGUUGAAUAGAAUUUAAAAUAACAAGGUGAAAUUAAUUAAUUGGUUUAAGAUUUAUAAUAUACAAAGAUUCAACUUUAAAUAAAGACAGAUGAUUGUGAGAAUUAAAGAAGAAAAUAUUUAUAAUCAGAAUAAUUAAAUCACGAUUUGAAAGGUAUUGAAGAGAAAUAUACUUAUGCUAAUGCUUAACUUACAUAAAGUAAAUUAGAUAAUGAAAGAUUGAAUUAAUUAUUAAGAGAAUAAUCUUAAAGUUAACCUUAAAAUUAAAAUAAUAAUGAUUCAAAUGAAGUACUUUCAUAAUAAUUAUAAUAACUCUAAAACAGAUAUGAUAAACUAUAAUAAGAAUAUUUAAAUACUGCUACAUAAAUUCCAUUAUUAAGAUAGGAACUAGCUGAUAAAGAUUUGACACCAUUAUAAAAAAGAAUUGAUGAAUUAUUAAAAGAGAAUUAAAAAUUAACAUUAGCUUUUUAAAAUAAAGUUAGAGAAUGUGAAGAACUUAGAAGUAGAUGUAAUACAUAAGAAUCAAGAAUAACAGAUUUAAGAUUUUUAGAGAAGAGUUAUCCAGAAUUAUAAGGAUAAAAUAGAUAAUUAUAAUAAUAAAUAGAAGAUUAACUUAAUGAAAUGACUCUUUUAAAUACAGAUAUUGAUAAAUUAAAUCAAAAGAUUGCUAAAUAUUAACUUUAACUUAAGAACUAUUAAAUUUUAUAAAAUGAACAUGCUUCAUUAAAGAGUAUAAGUAAUGUUAAAGAUUAAGAUAUUGCUAAAUUAAAGACAUCUAAUUAUUUAAUUGGAACUGAUCUUGAAAAUACUUAAAAGAUUAAAUAAGAAUAUGUUCAUAAAUAUGAGAAAGCAGCUUCAGAAAAAGAAGAAAUAAAAGCAACUUUAAUUCAAUUAUAAAUGGAAGUUGAUAGAUUGAAUAAUCGUUUAGGAAAAGCAGAAGUAAAAGCACUUGAAGCAGAAAGAUUAAGUUAAAAAGUUAUGAUUGUAGAAGGUUAAUUAGGUUAAUCUUAAGAAGAGAACUUUGCUUUAUAAACUAAAAAUUAAUAAAUGUCUAGUUAAUUAAAAGCACUCUAAACAUUAAAUGAAAAUUAAGAAUUUAAGAUUAAUUAAUUAAUACCAUUUAGAAAUUAAUGGGAAGAUUUACAAAAUAUCAUUUAAAAAGAGUAUUUUUAAUAUUAUAUAUUUUUAGUUAAAAUUCCAUAAGUAAUAUAUAAGUUUAAUUGGCUUAAGCUACAGAAGCAGCUAAUUAAUAUUUAAAAGACUUAUAAUAAGCUUAAGAGUAAUUGAAGAGUUAAGAAUAAUAAAUUUAAGAGAGAUCUAAAAUUAUUGUUGAAUUAGAAUAAGCUAAUGAAUAAAAUAUUUCAUAAUUGAAUCAAUUCUAAAAAAGAAUUAAUGAAAUUCAAGAAGAGAAUUUCUAAUUAAAAGUUACAAAUUAAAAUGCUGUUUUAAGAUUAAAGAAAUUAGAAGCAAUCGAAACUGAUUAUGCUAAAAUUAUUGAAGAGACUUAAUAAUUAUAAGAUUAAUUAAGUGAUCUUAAAGAUAAAUUAAAAAUUAAAGAAGCUGAAGCUGCUUAAUUCUAAUAUUGGAAAGAAAGUUUAGAAUCAAGAGUUGCAUUAUUAGCAUCUGAAAUUGAAAGAUAAAAACAUAUGGUUAAAACUAAAAAUGAUGAUAUUGAUAAUUUGAAGGAAGCUAAUUAACGUUUAGAAACAUUAGUUACUUAAUUAUCAGCAUUUGAAGGUGAUGCUAGAAGAUCUGAAGAAUAAAUUAUUUAAAUGAAAGGAUAAAUAGAUACAAUUAAAUCAAAUUUAACUGUUAAAUAAAAAGAAUGUGAAGAACUUAAAUAAAUUAAAGAAAAUGUAGAAUAAAAAAAUACUACAUUAUAAUAAGAUAUUGAUUCAUUAAAAUCUAAUUAAUUAACUUUAAGUGUUAAAUCUGAAGAUCUUAUACAAGAAGUUUAAAGAUUAUAAAAUGAAUGUAAUUAAAUGAAAUCAUUUAAUGGAAUCAAAAAUGAAUUAGAAAGCAAAAUCUAAGCUUAAAAUUAAUAAGUUGAUGAAUUGUUAUAAUAAUUAUAAAGUAAAAAUAGAGAAUUAAUCGAUCUUAAAUAAAAGUAAAUUUAUUAUUUAUCUAUUUAGAUUAAAUGAUUAUGAUUCAUAAAACUAAAUCAUUAAACAAUUAUAAGUUGAAGAAUAGAAAUUAUCAUUAUAAAUUGUUACCUAAAAUAAAGAAAAAGAGGAAUGGCAUGCUAAAAUGGAUUUAUUAUAAAGAUAAAUAGAAAAAUUAGAAAAAUCUAAAAAUGAUCUUGAAAAUAAAUGUGCUUUAUUAGCAGGUUAAUUAGAGGUCUAAAUAUAAAAAUAUUCUAAAUCAUAAGGUGAAAAUAGUAGAAUGAAUGAUUAAAUUAUUAUGCUCACUGAUGAUAAUGAGAGAUUAACUUAAUCUCUACAAAAUGCUUUGAUUGAUUGCGAUGAAUUAAGAAAGAAAGCUUAACCGCUCUAAACUUCCUUUAUUCAAAAUUCAACUAUUGUUAAAUCAUCCUCAGUAGUUCAUAGUUGAGACAUUACAUAUUUACAUUAAAAAAAUUAC